AUGGCCGCCCUCGCGACUAAAACACAGUCGCAAAACAUUUUUACAAAAUUGAAGUCAAAGCCCGCCAACAAAAUAUGCUUCGACUGCGGCGCAAAGAACCCAACAUGGAGCUCUGUGCCCUUUGGCAUUUACCUCUGUCUCGACUGCUCGUCUAACCACCGUAACAUGGGUGUCCAUAUCUCUUUCGUCCGUUCCACCAACCUCGAUAUCUGGCAAUGGGAUCAACUGCGAAUCAUGAAGGUCGGCGGCAACGAGAGCGCGACCAAGUAUUUUCAAUCGCACGGGGGUUCCGCUGCGCUCGCGAGCAAAGACCACAAAGCCAAAUACACUAGCAAUGCCGCCAACAAGUACAAGGAGGAGCUGGCUCGGCGCUGCGUUGCAGAUGCCAAAUUGUAUCCUAACGAAGUUGUAAUCACCGAUGUCGUCGAGCCCGGUAGCGACGGAACCAAUACCCCAGCCGGUGAAGACGAUGACUUCUUUUCCUCUUGGGAUAAGCCGACAAUCAAGCGUCCAUCAAACCCACCCUCGCGUACCGGUACACCUAAGGCUGCAUCACCUUUCCUCAAGCCUGGUGCCAACGGCACGGAUCGCCCGAAAUCACCCCUUGCUGGCAGCUCCGAAACUACUACGCCGGCAGCAAAGCCUGCGGCAGUACGAAAGACCGCCGGAGGCGCUGCACCAAAGAAGAACAUUCUGGGUGCAAAGAAGAAGGGUCUUGGUGCGAAGAAGGUGGUCGCUGCUGAUGGCGGACUCGACUUUGAAGAGGCGGAGCGAAAGGCUCGUGAAGAGGCAGAGCGCAUCGAGAAGUUGGGCUACGAUCCUGACGCUGAGGCUGCAGAGGUCGCUGCAGCCACCAAGUCUAAGGGCUCUGAAGCAUCCAUCAUCGCACCUACUCCCGUAUCACCACCGCGUGGCGGCUUCGGCUCGACCUCCAAGCCUGAGCGCUCAAGUCAGGAUAUGGAACGGCUGGGUAUGGGCGUUCAGCGUCUAGGAUUUGGGCAAGUAGGCGCUGCAAAGAAGCCUGCUGCCCAGAAGAAGAUGGGAGGUUUCGGCAGCGUAAGCAAGCCUGCUCAAGGUGACGAUGAGAAGUAUGCACGGGAGAAGUUUGGUACACAGAAGGGUAUCUCAAGUGACGAGUUCUUUGGCCGCAAUGCGUACGAUCCUUCAGCCACUGCACAAGCGAAGGAGAGGUUACAAGGCUUCGAAGGCGCGAGCGCGAUUUCAUCCAACGCAUACUUUGGCCGCCCUGAGGACGAUGCUGGAGAGGAGGACUAUGGUGAUCUGGAGACUGCCGCCAAGGACUUUGUCCGCAAGUUUGGUCUGACCGCUGGUGAUGACCUCGAAAACCUGACCAACAUGCUCGGCGAAGGUGCGACGAGGUUGCAAGGAGCUGUCCGGAACUACCUCAACUCGUAG